AGUGAACCCGGACCCGGAUCUAGAGAGAGGAGAGAUAAAACGGACCCUAGAGGUUGGAGAAGAAGAAGAAAAACCAGAGACAAAAAUGGAGAUCCAAAAUUGACAGUCGGAUUUCGAAGGAUGUGGUAGUCAUCUUCCCGAGCUUAACGAUUCCUUUUUUCCUCUUGACAAUCUACCAUCUCCGGCCAUUUUUUUUUUUUUCUUGAUCCCCUUGUCUUAUUUCGGUUCGAAGAUUUUCCGCUUUCAUCCAUGCGGCGAGGCAGACCCUCAGAUCCAUUCACAGCUACAGAACUACCAAAAUUGACAGUUCACCCUGAAAAUCCUGUCAAAGAGAUACGAUACAGAGGCGUUCGGAAGCGUCCUUGGGGCAGAUACGCCGCUGAGAUCAGAGAUCCCUGGAAGAAAACUAGGGUUUGGCUCGGUACCUUUGAUUCAGCUGAAGAGGCUGCUCGGGCCUACGAUAAUGCUGCUCGGACCCUCCGUGGAGCCAAGGCCAAAACUAACUUCCCUCUACAUCCAUCCACGAUUUCCAUUCAACAACAAAUUCCGUUCUACCAAUCGCCGCCGGAUUUGCACGAUUCGAACGGUUAUGGUGCCAAGAUUGAGUGUGUUCAGGCUAAUAGGCCUACGUCGAGCAGUUUGAGUUCCACCGUGGAGUCGUUUAGUGGACCGCGGAUUUCUAACCCUUUGUCGUCGCUGUCUAUGGUUCGCCGGAGGCCGGUACAGCCAGUUUCGCCGGACGACUGUCAUAGCGACUGUGAUUCGUCCUCCUCGGUUGUUGAUGAUGAUGAGGUCUGUGUGCUUGCUUCUUUCCGUCGAGCCUUGCCCUUCGAUCUUAACUUACCGCCUCCCAUGGACGUCGUGGAUUUAACAGGUGACGAUCUUCAAGCUACUGCUUUAUGCCUCUGAUGAGUGAUGCCCCGAUCUUGCUUUAUAUCAUCGUGGUUUAAAAUCGUCCUCGUUUUUCUUUCUUCUUCCACAUUUCUUCUGUUUUUUCUAUCUUAUUUUCUCGGGAAAAACACUAAACUGAAAAUUUUCAAAUAUGGUGGUAAGUUGAAGAGAAUUUGGUCGCCGCCCUCCACCCUCUCUCCCCUGUUGUCUGUCGAUCCCUACUUUGUUGUUAGACUUAUUAGAAGAACUGGGUUCCCUUCGACGACCAUGGGCUAUAUAUUGUUGUCAGAUCAUUGAAGCUUUUUAGCAUCGUUUAAGCUGCUGUGUAUCUGGGAUUUUCGUUUCUUGAUCCGAUUCACAUCAUGAAAUCCUUACUACUGUACAAAUAUUUACCCAUCUAAUUUAAAGAAUCUGCAGUGUUCUAAUC